AUGCAGCGUACAUCAGGUUGGGCCUUGUUGGUCCUGGCUCAUAUCGCCACUGCUCAGCAGACUCUCUGGGGACAAUGUGGCGGUAGUGGAUACAUGGGAUCGACGGUCUGCACAGCAUCGGCAACUUGCAGCACUCAGAACCCCUACUAUGCCCAAUGUAUCCCUGCCACUGCAGGAGGUGCAAGCACUACGAGCACCACCAGCACAUCGAAGACUACUAUGGUGACUACCACAGCCACCGUGACCACCAAGACAUCUACCGGAGUUACCACCACAGCCCCGACUACCACAGCCCCCACUGUUACCAACAGUGGCAAUCCCUUCAGCGGCUAUCAGCUCUAUGCAAACCCCUACUACUCCUCCGAGGUUAUCAGUCUGGCGGUUCCAUCCCUGUCAAGCUCUCUGGCGGCCAAGGCUAGCGCCGUCGCUAAGGUCCCAUCUUUUGUCUGGCUUGACACUGCUGCCAAGGUUCCAACCAUGGGAACUUAUCUUGCCGACAUUGAGGCUAAGAACAAGGCCGGUGCUAGCCCGCCAAUUGCUGGUAUCUUUGUGGUUUAUGACUUGCCAGACCGUGACUGUGCUGCGCUUGCCAGCAAUGGCGAGUACUCUAUCGCCAACAACGGUGUUGCAAACUACAAGGCCUACAUUGACUCGAUCAGGGCUCAACUUCUCAAGUACUCUGACGUACACACUAUCCUGGUUAUUGAGCCCGACAGUCUUGCCAACCUUGUUACCAACAUGAAUGUGGCUAAAUGUGCUAAUGCUCAUGAUGCCUAUCUGGAGUGCACUAACUAUGCAUUGGUCCAGCUGAACUUGCCCAACGUGUCCAUGUAUCUUGACGCUGGACAUGCCGGCUGGCUCGGCUGGUCGGCUAACCUCGGACCGGCCGCUACUCUCUUCGCCAAUGUGUACAAGAACGCGUCUUCCCCUGCCGCUGUUCGUGGAUUGGCCACCAACGUUGCCAACUAUAAUGCCUGGAGCAUCAGCACCUGCCCAUCCUAUACCCAGGGUGACUCUAACUGCGACGAGAAGCGUUACGUCAAUGCCAUUGCUCCUCUGCUCUCGGCUGCAGGUUUCAAUGCCCACUUUAUCACCGAUACCUCCCGUAACGGUGUCCAGCCAACCAAGCAACAGGCCUGGGGUGAUUGGUGCAACGUCAUUGGCACUGGAUUCGGUGUUCGUGCCACCACGAAUACUGGCGAUGCUCUCGAGGAUGCCUUUGUUUGGGUCAAGCCUGGUGGAGAAUGUGACGGUACUUCAGACACCUCCUCGGCACGUUAUGACGCCCACUGCGGAUACAGUGAUGCCUUGCAGCCUGCUCCUGAAGCCGGAACUUGGUUCCAGGCCUACUUCGAGCAGUUGCUUUUGAACGCCAAUCCCUCUUUCUAA